AUGAGGUGGACGUUUAAGUCACUGGCCUUGCUCGGUGCAGUGAUUUUCCUGUUCUUCAACGCCGCUCCUUUCCCGAAAAGCCGACUCGUGCAGGAAAAUAGAUAUGGAGUCAAACACGGCCUGACAUUCGCCCUGCCUGUCCACUACACAUUGGUACCUAUAUCUCCCAGGAUUCUGCCGCCAGAGUAUAAUGCGUCCCCCGACGGUCGCCACAACAUGGUCGUAUCCCACAUUCAGUUUAGUAAGGAAGGAGCAGAGCAGGUGCUGAAAGUAUCGGCCAAAUAUGUUGCAACUGUACGAAAACCAGCGUCUCGUUUUGAGUCCAUGUGGUAUUAUGGAAAUUAUGAAAAGAGAUUUCAUUUGGAUCUUACGACCUUCCUUAUAGCGUCUAACCAUACACCAAGGCAUAAACAGAAAUUCAAUUUGAUUGCCAAUUAUUUUGGAGUCAAGGACCCUCGCGAUGACGUACCAGAAGGUGAAGUACUUGGCAAGGCGAGAUGGCUCAAUGAGACCUUCGACUUGGUGAUGGUUGCCGAGAGGUUCGACGAGUCGCUGGUCCUCCUGAAGCACCUCAUGUGCUGGAACACCGAGGACGUCGUUUACCUCAAGGCCAAGAUUCGGAAGCCCACUUAUAGGGCCAAGCUCUCGGAGGCGCAGAAGGACAGGCUUCGGCAGCUGAACAGGCAGGAUGUCAUUCUGUACAAGUUCUUCAGGGAAAUUUUCGAGGAGAAAGUCAAGGCCUUCGGCGAGGAGAGGAUGCAGAGAGAGGUCGAGGAACUUCGCCAUGCAAACGCUCAACUCACUAAAGACUGUGGAGCUAAACUCACGGGGUCAAGGGGGACUGUGAAAACCUGGGAAGUAACAAACAACUCAAGCAUUUGUAAACUAAUAUCACAAAGUACAUAUAGUACUCAAAACCAACUGAAGGAUAGGCAAAGGAUAUGGGUCUCGAGCAAUUUCACUUACGACUUGUUAACGUGGACAUUCACAUAAGUGGAAGAGGGAAUUUGGAGUAAAUUGGGAAGAGGAGACCAGGGUCGGUAUUCAUUAAAGGCCUGUUCUUUGAUUUUAAUUUACGAAUUGCAAAUAUGCUACAUUUCAAACUUGACGCUGCUAAUUAGAGUAA